GGGAGAGAGGGUGUGUGAGAGCAAGACAGCGAGGAGGAAAGUGUGUGAGAGUGUGUCAGGACCGGAGGCUCCAGAGGACGUCAUACACACACACACACACACACACAGAGAGAGAGAGAGGGGGAAGCCCGCUGUCACAGGAAGGCGUCUAUCCUCGCGCGUUCUCUGCCGAGGACGAGUCGACAGAUUCUGACAGAACUGAGUGGAUGCAGCGAGACGAUGAUGUGCACUUAGCCGGCUGAAGUGGACGUUUCUCAAGACCGACAGACAAACAGAUUUACAGUCCUUCCUGUAGACGGGUGGUGGUGGUGGUGGUGUUGGGCAACGGAGGGGGGGUUUCCAACUCCUCUGCAAGCGAAAGACUUGUAAUAACACGUUGAUUAAGAGCGUGGGAUUCUUGCGUCGUCAUGGAUCAGCCAGCCAGCAGCUGCAUGCGGAGCGCUCACCCCAGCAGCCCCAUCUGGGGCUGCAUGAGGAACCCCCACUCGGGGGCCAAUCUGCAGUCUCCCUACCAGCAGGCCCCUUUCUCCCUCCACCAGAAGCCCGACUUCCUGGCCUACACGGACUUCUCCAGCUCCUGCCUGGUGCCGACGGCGCCGCACGCCGCCUACCCGCGCGACGACAGACAGUACCAGGAGAGCCAGAGCGUUUACCAGAGGGCCGACUGGCAGUUCAACCCUUGCGAGACGCGGGCGAGGGCGCCCGAGGCCUGCCCGGCCACCGUCACACCUGUAGGCGGUGCCACCGGAGGGGGGCCCGAGCCGGACAGUGUAGGUGGAGACCACCUCCCGGGGUCCGUGCCCGGCUGCCUGGAGGGAGAGUACUCGCCUCAGAGCGUGGCGUCGGCCGACUCCGACAAGAAGAGCUCCAACAAGAGGAAGAGAGAUGUCACAGAUUUCCAGGAGUCCGGUUUUAAGGUGGACUCCAGCUGCAAGGCCCGGAAAGAGCGCACGGCGUUCACCAAGGAGCAGCUGAGGGAGCUGGAGGCCGAGUUCACCCACCACAACUACCUGACCCGGCUGCGCCGCUACGAGAUCGCCGUGAACCUGGACCUCACAGAGAGACAGGUGAAAGUGUGGUUCCAGAACAGGAGGAUGAAGUGGAAGAGAGUGAAGGGAGGACAGUCGUCUUCGCCCAACGACCUGGAAAACGACGACAUAGACUCGGCGGCUUCGCCCAGCUCUGAAUGAACAAAAAUAAAAUAAAAAGGGGGGGAUGGCGUUCUGAAAAAGAGGAGACGACACAGAGAGACUUUGGGGUCAACUGGACGCCAACGCAGGACAAUGCAACCUUCUACUCACUUCUUUGGAAUUGAAUUGAAUUUUCUUUAUAUCCAGGAAGAAAUCAACAAGCGUUUCCUUUGCUGUUGUAAAUAGUCCACGAUGAACUGCAUUUUGAUAUAUUACUCCGUUCAAGAGGCAUUGACUGUGUUAAAUGUUUGAGGUGAUGCUUGUGGUCAUUGUAGAUCAGUGACAGAGUCCAGAUUGCAGCUUUAAGGCCGGUGAUGACACAUCAGACCGUGAUUGUGUUUCAGAGCAUCUCCUUUGGUUCCAGGGUUGUAAUCUUAGCCUUUUGACGCUUGACUACAACCACCUGGGAAAACUCAGACUGCACAAGUGUUGCCAAGCCAUAAGUGCCUCAGAAUCAGAUGACUUUCGCUUCAUUUUGUCAGUUUAUUUUUCCUAGAAUAUAUAGUUUAUUUCUUAUCUUUUUUUUAAUACUAUUCUUUUUUGAUUUUUUUUUAUACAUGUUGAAUGUUAUUGAUAAAACACAGAUGUUGCCUGUUUCUGCAAAUAGAAUAAAUCAUCUCCUGCAAAAUGA